CGACCGUCCUGAGCCUGAGCCUGGAGAGGAGGUCUGGGCAUCCCGUCUCAGCCUCGCUAAUCUAAAUCACGUGGUUGACCAAAGCCCUAACCCUUCACGCAAAAUUCACGGCGCUAAGGAAAUGCUAAUCGCGAAUUCCAGCCUCCGCGACUAGAGACCAUCAACGACAAACUCGACAACCCACGGCCGACGAGUUCCUGAAUCAAAAUGACCAAGGGAACUUCCAGCUUCGGAAAGCGCCACAACAAGUCGCACACCCUGUGCAGACGUUGCGGACGCCGAUCCCUCCACAUCCAAAAGCACACCUGCGCAUCAUGCGGUUACCCUGCUGCUAAGAUCCGACAAUACAACUGGAGCGAGAAGGCCAAGCGGAGAAAGACCACUGGUACCGGACGUAUGCGCCACAUGAAGGGUGUCCCAAGAAAGUUCAAGAAUGGCUUCCAGACCGGUGUACCAAAGGGAUCGAGGGGACCAGCCGUCAAGGCCGAAUAAAGGAUGCAUCUGUGGAAUGUUGCGUGAUUUGGGAAUGGCAGCGGAUUGCUUAUGAUGCUAAGGGCAUAUGGUCGGUCAUACUAGCAAAUGCGAUCAAUGGCACUCAAUUGCAAUGGCACUUAAUUGCAAUGGCAGCGUUCUUAGGUGCA